AGUCCCGAGAAGCGAAGACGCGCCCGCCUAGAAGCGGCAGGCACCGCGUCGCUGUUUCGGGCGGCCGACUCCAGUUGUCGCCACCGUCGCGCAAGGCGUGUGGCCACGUGACGGCCUGGCGCACGCUGCGCGCGGCGUUGGAAAAACGCUCGCGAGCGCAGCAAGCCCCUCACGCCGAGCGAGCAGCACGUUGGAGCAACGCCGUCGACGGCGCGAAGGCGCAGCAACCGCGUUUCCCCGCCGCCACUCCCCGUGCCGCUGCGUGCGUUUCGUGGCGACCAGGCGCCUUUUGGCACGCACAGAAGAGGAGCCGAGACAGGCGCCGAAACAGCGCGAACAGAAAGUGAUUUUCGGGACCACUUGAAAACCGUCGCCUACUUGCCUCCUCUACCUGUGCGUGUUUCGAAAGAAGGAACGAUACGACCUUUCGAAGACCCGAGACACGUGUCCGCGCGUUUUUUGGGGGACAUUGAGCAGCCUGCUUACCUAACGACCAGAGAAAACCAAAGCCAUUGUGACAUCCCGACUCCGCGAACACGGCGCUGCACUCAUUCCACCACCUCCAGCCGGCGGCGGCUGCUCCGUUGGCCAUGUCAACCGCGGCGGCAGCGGCGGCGGCGAUGAAUGGCCGGCACCACGCUCCAAACCACCAGCCGCACCAGCAACAGCAGCACUUACCCGUCCACGAACUGCUAGCGCGAUACCACGUGCCCCGACACCACUCUGGUGUCAUGGCCCUGACCACAGCGGCGGUGGCCGAACCGAUAGCGCCGAUGCCUCAACAGCAGAAGCCUCCCGCUCCGGUGUCCUCCAGCGAACUGGUAUCAGGCGGAGGAGGCGGUGGCGGCGGCAGACGUCGCCAGGGCUCGCAAACCAACGGGACGCCGACGACCGCUACGCGAAGCCCGAAGUGCGCCCGGUGCCGCAACCACGGGCUCAGCAUCGCCAUCCGGGGCCACAAGCGCUUCUGCAAGUUCCGCCAGUGCGAGAGCCCCAAGUGUCGCCUGACCGUCGAGCGCCAGAAGGUCAUGGCGGCCCAAGUGGCACUGCGCCGCGCCCAGGCACAGGACGAGGCCCUGGGCCGCAUCCCGACCGACGAGGACGCAAAGCCUGUGCUUCCGACAGACCCCGGCGCACCGAUGCUUCCGCAGACCGCUCCGGCGUCCCUACUCAGGGGACCCUCGGGAGCAGCGCUGGCCGUGUCGACCAACUCCGCCUUCAGAGCUGCCCCCGGUGAGUGCAGGCAAAAAGUGAUUCUACUGCAAACAAUCUCUUGUCGGCUCGAGGAGGAAACGGUCGCUCAGGGCAAAAGAGAGAGAGGACUCCGUCGCUACAUCGUAACUACCUCGCUCAAGGCGGGAAAAUGAACUAUUCCAUGGGAAGGAAUCGCGUUCGGAAGGACGCCACUUCUUUAUGUAUUCUCUUUUAAAAGCACGAUGGAGAGGGAUCUGUCGUUUUCUCUUUCGACGCUUCUUACGCUUGUUCCCGGGUGAGACCACGUGGUCUGCAUUUCUUUUUGGAGACACCCCAUUCGAAUGACCUCGUCCUGAGAGGUCAGGACUAAGUGUGAUAAACUGCUUUCGAGAAGUGUUCCACUGCGAAGCAAGAGCUUUUGCUCUUCCGCAUAAAACAUGAGCGAAAGGUCUUGCCAUGCAGCAUCAGAUUACGACCGUUUGGACCCCUGAAAAUCAAUAGCUUAUGAACAACGUAAAUGUCAUUGCCGUUUGAUGAUCGCCUCUGAUGCUUGAUGAUCGCGCUCUCGUGUUAAACGCGCGGCACGAAACUGGGCAAGCAGCUGUGUUUGUCUCGCUUCCUUGUCUCGCUUUCUUGUGCUGCUUUUAUUCUUAGCAUCAUGUACCAACUAGCGCAACGGCAAGCACUUCUAAACGCACGGAUACCCAUUUCGUGCAGUCAAGGGUUGUCAAUUCCUGAACACGGAAGCUCCUGCAAUGAUGUCCUUCUUUGGAGGAGAUCCCGUUUUGGAACCCUGUGGCCUUCACAUGACAUGAUCGAUGCUCUGCGAAAGCACGUUUCGCAAACAGCAAGCUUGCUUUGGCACACGUGCAUCUAAUUUAAACGAACAUCUCGACACGAAUGCAGCAUUGUCGACACAAGUGAUCGAAUGACGUUGCGUGAUACCCUAUCUCUCAGAAUACAGUUCAGAGCUCUUCAUGAUGGAGUAGAGUUGAUCUCUGAUGAUGUAUUUUUUCCUGUGACGACUGUACGUUCUAUGUUUAUUUCGUAUUAAUUUAUUAAACACUGCGCUUCCCAUGAUGUCUGUCGCUAGUGGACGCUACGUUUUAUCAUCUGUUCCCCUAGUGGAUUGCGUGCUGGAAAAUGAAACAAAUUGGUGUUAUGCGAUGCGUAGUGCUUCUUGCGAGUGGGAAUCUUUUGAAACUGAGAGUUCAAGAGCUUCCGCACUUCGCAUUGUAAGAUUUCCCGCAUUCCCGCGUCGCAGUUCGUGCAGUGUUCUAUGGCACUUCUGUUUUGCACAAUCCGUAAAUUGCUAGAAACAACUGCGUAUAUGCAGAAACUGCAAAUCAAACAUUAAAGAGCGUACACGCUUCCGAACGCUGUCACUAUUCGUUUGCAAAAGUUUUUCCACCGAAGACAGAUGGAAAACCUUUUGCCCUGAAGAAGCAGAUCUUGUUCACUGUUAGGUGUGCCUAGCAACAAGAAGAGUGAAAUUUCAUCUGAGAAAACGUCAGUGACGCCGUGCCAGAUCUCAUCAUUUUCUCUUGGCAGAAGUGGCGACUCUCUAGUAAGUUGCCAACCAAAAUUUUACGCUGUUUGUUAAUUUCUACAUUACAUUGUCGUCCAUCGUCAAGUGAUGGCUAUGUGUUUGGUUUUCCUAAUAAAGUGUACUAGGGAGCA